AUGAAGUUCUCAACUGCAAUUGUCCUGCCGCUGCUGUCGCUCGGCUCCGGUCUUGCUGCCGCUGCCUCGUGGAGCUUCGAGGAUGCCACCCUCAGUAUUGCUAGCAAAGGAGCCGGCGCAGGCGGUGCUCUCAAGGAGAAACUCUCGCCUGAUGCACGCCUCAGCAAGCAGAUCAAGCUCGGCCCUGCCGACACGCUCAAGCUGCUCUUGACAACCACCGAGGACAAGACAGCAAAGAGACCUCACCAAGCUUUCCUCACCCUUCACGAGCCCAAGACUGGUCUUGAGGAGUCGUUGGUCUUUACCGUAAAGGAGAGCGGCAAGGCAAGAGUCGAGCUGUCGCAAAAGGACCUCCCCUUCCAAUUCCUGACCGCAACCGACCCUAUCCAGGCCAAGCUCCUGAUUGCCUCUUUCGGCUCCUCCGAUGCAUACUACACUCACGCCUUUGACCUGAUCGUUGCCCGCGACGCCAAUGUGCCCUUGAGCACACCCGAGGCUCCUCUCCGUUACGGCAAAUUGUCCGAGAUCCACCACAUCUUCCGCAGCGACCCCAAGUCCUCUCCCACUAUCCUCUCCACCGUCUUCACCCUCGCCGUUCUCGCUUGUCUGCCCGCUCUUGUUGGUGCAUGGUUGUUCCUCGGCGCAAACUUCAGCCACGUCUCCAAGGCAAUGAACGCUGCUCCCAUCUCGCACACUCUGUUCUUUGGAAGCAUCGUUGCCAUGGAAUUUAUCUUCUUCCUCUACUACUCUUCCUGGACUCUCUUCCAGAUCCUGCCUCCUGCUGGUCUGGUUGGCACCGUCGCCUUCUUGAGCGGCAGCAAGGCCCUGGGUGAAGUCCAACAACGCAGACUUGCUGGUCUGAGAUAA